CACUCUUUCUUGUCUAUGCAUUAGAUCAGUGUUUGAAUAUUCGGUAACAACCCAACAUAUUCAAAACUGGGCAAUGUAGAGCUGAGGGCAUAACUGUUCUUGAUAGUAUGCUUAUAUCUGAGGGUGGGCAAUGUCGUGCGGCGCAGCGGCAAGGAGGGUGGCGUGUGGAGUCGUCAGUAGGCCGCGGACAACCGGGUGAGUGAGUAACGCGCCGGUCACCCUCCGUCUUGGCGAGGAGCGUGCUGUGUUUUUAGUGUCCAUGUAAGGUCGUCCUGAGGAGACCCGCGCUUACUGUGGAUCAGUAAUGUACUGAUAUAUAUACAUAUAUAUACAUAUAAGUUAGCGAUGUAUUCUGGGAAUAGCUGAUUGGCUUUAUAAUGAUUUAACAAGAAACACAAGGUUAAUAGAUAUUUUUGAUGAAAUUUUCCUGCGGUAUAACGGUGUGAGGCUUUCCGCCCAACACAUGAGCGUUCGAGGAAGCGAGAGUAGACGAGGUUUGUCGCGCCUUAACAUGCUGGACCCUAGAUCAUCUUCCCCUGUCGUGCUGGGUUAUCAGGGUGCGACGGAACAGCCGUCUGUGGCCUAUUCCUGAACGGAAUGGCAAUAGGGUGGUGGGGCCCGGAGGUGAGACCAAGCCACGGCUGCCUCUUUCAUCCAGAACUGAGACCUGACAACAACCCCCUAUGCACUCCAGAUGACACAAGAAAGGGUAAGAGGAGCUUCCCUUCUGGGAACGAGGGUGUGUGUGAGGUGGAACGGCGUCUUGCUUGUGUGAAAUUCUCGCAAGUGUUGAAAAAAAGGCUAAAUGCACAUCCUCACCGUUAUAGGGAUCCGAUGACAAAGGCCACAAGUGAAGGCCACGCGACUCACUGGGGUUCGCGCUGCAGCAAGGGCUCCAGUGAGUGUCGUUUCUGGCAGCGAAAAAAAUCCUGCCAAGAACUUCGUUCUGUGUUAGGCGGCAUAAAGGGACCUGCAGCGAAAACAUCCACGCAUCAUUAUGAUCUGGCUGAUUGUUAUGACACGACAAAAAGUGUUAUUUGCACAACAACGAACUAUCGGUGUCCAAGUGCGAGGGCGAGAGACUCAACAUUCAUCACUCAGAGACGAUCUGGCCGCCAAAAUAAGUUAAGUGGACAACAUGUGGUACCCAAAGCACAUGGAGGAGGCGCCAGCCUUGAGGUGCGAACUGUGCUGGUAGUGGUGGCUAUGGUGGUAGGAUCCUGCCAUGCCCUGCCUACUCUGCCUCCACACACCUCAUCCUCCAGGGCGCCGCAAAUCAACCAUCAGCCUCCAAGAAAAGAGCUGCCAGUGUGUUGCGGCGAGGGGACGCCGGGAAUGCGGCCAACCAACAUCACAGUGCUGCGGACGUCCCCUACUUCAGUUCUCGUCACCUGGACGCGGCCUUCCAUCCAGCCCAUCAAGUAUGAGAUCACUUACAAGCCUACCAACGCCAAGUACCGCGUGGUGGCGGAGGUUAAGGCGCCCCUCAAGAGCGUGGUGCUGGAGAGGUUGCUGCCCCUCACACAAUACCAAGUGUUCGUCACCACCGUCAUCAACAACACUGCUGUCUGGACGUCGCCCGUCGUCACCUUCCACACCUCCAUUGAAGACAUCAACGCACCUGUUAACGGGACGGUAAGAAUAUUCAGCACUCCAACUAUUCUGGAGGGUGUGGACGUGGACCUGGACGAUGUGGGGUCCACCGUGACUGCCGACAGGAAGAUGGGACACGUGAGGGUUCGAGCCGAGGAGGUGGGCAUCGUGCUGCUGGUGCUGGCAGUGUGGAUGUUUGCUAUCGCCCUCUUCUUCAACAGAUGGGGAAAGAUUAGGAUGCUGGAGCCAUAUCAAGAGCCGUACAAGGAGGCGCCCCAGCAGCUCCUGCAGCACCGGCCAUCGUGCCCCAUGGCAGACCCUUGCGCCCUCCCCAUCAACUCCCUGAAGCGUCCCUCCCUUACCCAUUCCCAGCUGGAGCACCACAUGAGUCACCGUCGGCCUCGCCAAAACUCAGUCUUCGUGGGGCGAUCGUCUCGGUCACACAGCCUGGAGGUGCAUCCGCCACGACGCGUCAAAAGUGCUCUAAACCUGACCACAUUGGUGUUGCAGGAGAGCGAAGAGGAGGGCGCUGUAGCCACUACAUUCACUUAGUCCUCCAGACAUAUUUCGCCUUCACCCUUGGAAAGGCCGUUUCUUCGCCAGCAGAUUCCACACACUCUCAUCAGAGUUCCCUUCGCAAUCCUCAGCCGUGAGACUCGGGUGAUCCUUUAGGGCUAUGGCGAAAGUGACACGGAUUACGGCAGACGCUGGAACGGCUUCUGAAAAUAUCAACUGAAAAAAGACGCAUUUAUUCCACAUUCUGUGCCACCUUCGGCAUUUCCCAACCUUCAUAUCUGUGGAAACCUUUUCAUGUCACGAUGGUGCCCAGUGAGAACAGACUCUGCAACAAUGGACGGGGCAGUGACGUGAGGACCUGUAAAGUGCUGAGUAACGGAAUGGAGUAAAGGGCACUGCUGGUUACCUUACCGCCUACGUAGGUAAUGACUAAUGGACAUGUAACUGAAGAUUUCAUAUUCUGUAACACGACAAUACUUCGACUCCAUUUUCCGCUUUUCCAGAACUCUGCAAUGUUACCUAGUUGAAAUAUAAUUAGGAAACAAUCUAUAUAUUCCAGAUCUAAAUAUAUAUAUGAGUAUGUUCAAUAUUUAUUUGAUAUUUCUGUGGCUCAUCUUGUACAUAGUUCUCUUGUUCACUCUCAACAAGUUGUAUGAAACAAAAUGAUUAAUUACUCGUAUGUGUUCAGUGAAUUUGGGCCGACCAUCAUCAGGCUUCAGUGAACAAGCCUCCGUGCAGUAGUCUUUGGUUCAGGUCCUAACACUGGGCUGUCUUGUGUAAGCACAACUAUUCCUUAUACAAUGUGACAACAAACCUUUGUAUAGUUACUUAUUACCUCCUGGUAUUCGAAAAACAGCGAACACUCUAAAGUGUCAUUCUUUAUUUCUAUUCCAAUUUAACCCUUAUCAUUGCUGACUUUAUGUAUUUAUUGGAAUGAACUUGACCGUUUUGACAACCAGUUCCUGUCUUCGAUCUCACCAUUUUCAUCCAAUUAAUUACGAUACAGUUAUCCAUUCCAUAAUUGGGUUCCAUCAACGCAUCCAUCUCAUCUUUCCUAUCGCAAACUACCAUCUCUUAAGAACAUAUCUAGAUUUAACUUAUGAUCAUUCCUCUUUUAUAACCGAGAUAUUGAUUCCUUGUAUAAUUUUUAAGACUGGAGCAGUUUUACAUGAGAAUGUAGAGUAAGUGAUGGUCCGAACUCAUCAUAAUCAAGACAGAAGUGAACUGGUUAAAUAAUAGUUACGUUCUUUCACUUUUUUUUUUUUUUUUUUUGUAAUUUUUUACUGUACGUACAAGGAUUUAUUUCACUCCUCAUCCUUACCUCCGUCCCUCCCUCCCUCCCUGCUUCCCACGGGCCUUCCUCCAUUAACUGGGACGAAGAGUGCAAGAAACUUCCUUAAGGACUCCAAGAAGGGUAUGAGUUUCAAAAUAAGGCAAAAGUCAUGAGCUUAAGACUGCGAGAUGUGCGGCUGGGAUAAAUCAGAUUUAGUGGGAAUGCGACAAACUUAGAGUGGAUGCUCUCUCUCUCUCUCUCUCUCUCUCUCUCUCUCUCUCUCUCUCUCUCUCUCUCUCUCUCUCUCUCUCGUGUGAGUGUUUGAGAGUUUAAUUUUCUACUCUUGCUCACUGUUUCGCGCUUCUCUCUCCGCGUCCCUUCACCCGUGUCUGUCUGUCUGUCUCCACACUCUUCCCUUCCGCCCCUGGCGGCGUGGCGUGCUGUCCUUUGUCCGGCAUCAGUGAUUGAGAUAAAAUUUUUAUAAAGGUUAUGUGAGACAAAAAAAUAAAUAAAUAUAUAUUUUAUUUUAUCUUAAUAAAUGCUGUUGUUAAUCUAUAACACUGAUUCGUUUUUUUGUUAAAUAUUUCACGCUUCGGCAUAGGAAUAACAUUAUUUGUGUGUAUUAAGUGGAAGCAAAAUUAACAUUUUAUUUUUUUUCAGAAGAUACUGCUGUCGAAAUGCGUUUAUUACUUUCAUUUCUUCUCACCUCAUGAUAAAAAACUGUAAAAUACGAAUAUCUCAACUCUUCUGGUCUCUGAAUAAAAUUUACUACAAAA